AUGGGCUUGAGGGAAUGCUAUCUCAAUUCUUUGAGAAAGCCUGUGUCGAGGGUGAACAUGGUUCUCCUUGAUAUUAAGAUGUCUGAAGCCCCUGAAGAAGGGGAAGAUGUCGAGAUGGCGAAGCUUUUGGCCCCUAAAAUUGAGAUGAGUAUGGAAUUAGUGGAGCCUCCCACAUGGAACCUCUUCGUAGACGGAUCGUCUGGAGAGGUUGGUUUGGGAGCGGGAAUAAUCUUGGAGAGUUCAGAGAGGCAUAAGCUUAAAUGUGCAGUAAGGCUCGAAUUCAAAGCAUCUAACAAUGUAGCUGAGUAUGAGGCACUCCUAGUUGGCCUUCGUCUAGCUAAAGAAUUGCAAGUGAAGAGGUUAACGAUCACAGGUGACUCACAGUUUGAACUAAUGCAAGUACCCCGCCUGGAGAACUCCCACGCUGAUGCUUUGUCAAAGUUGGCAAGCAGUAGGGAUUCCGAACUUCUUAAGAUCAUUGCUUUUCUUAAAGAACAAACUGUGCCAAACAAUGAAGCCGAAGCUCGCCGACUCCGGAGAAGAGCUGUUCACUUUAUCCUGCAGGGUGAUGUGCUAUACAAGCGGGACUUAUCAUCACCUCUCCUCAGGUGCACAGGAGGUGAGGAGGCGAAUUAUAUUCUAAGAGAGAUCCAUGAGGGGGUUGUGGCAAUCACUCCGGAGGGUCAGCACUGGCCCAUAAGGGACUCGGGCGGGGAUACUACUGGCCUACCCUGA